CAGAAGUCCCCGUGAGCGCGCAGAGGUGCACCUCCAAGCAGAAACCGAUCAGACAGCAGGUCGGUGGCUCGAUGAGCUGGGAGACGGAACCGCUCAAAGUACCGGCUAUUAAAAGGAACAUAAAAAAUUCAAAGAGGUCGACGUGAACGGCUCGUUUCGCUGGCGGUCUGUUCUCCCGUAGACUAACGUUUCUCGGAAAGUUCUUAUUCAGCGGGAAGGACGCGGACUGAAGCUCCGAAACACUGUCCACAAUGUCGGGAAGCAGGGAGGAGGAGAGGAGGAAACUGGCCGACAUCAUCAACCACUGGAACGCCAACCGGCUCGACCUGUUCGAGAUCAGUCAGCCCACAGAGGACCUCGAGUUCCAUGGCGUGAUGCGGUUCUACUUCCAGGACCGGGUGGCCGGGAACUUUGCCACGAAGUGCAUCAGGGUCUCCAGCACAGCAACGACGCAGGACGUCAUCGAGACGUUAGCGGAGAAGUUCAGACCCGAUAUGAGGAUGCUGUCGUCGCCAAAAUACUCAUUGUAUGAAGUCCAUGUCAGCGGUGAGCGCCAGUUGGACCUGGACGAGAAGCCUCUUGUUGUUCAGUUGAACUGGAACAAAGACGAUAGAGAGGGUCGGUUUGUCCUGAAGAACGAGAACGACAUCCUGCCCAAGAAGAGUCAGAGCAACGGACCAGACAAGGAGAAAGAUGGAGUGAUACAGAACUUCAAAAGGACGCUGUCCAAGAAGGAGAAGAAGAAGGACAAGAAGAGGGAGAAAGAGUUUGCUCGGAUCCCCGAUGGAGAUGAGCAGAUUCUAAGCCGCGAGGACGGGGAGAACAAUCGUCUGGCAGCAGAGGUUUACAAAGACAUGCCAGAGACCAGCUUCACCAGAACCAUUUCCAACCCAGAGGUGGUGAUGAAGAGGAGGAGGCAGCAGAAACUGGAGAAGCGGAUGCAGGAGUUCAUGAGCAGCGAUGGAAGGCCAGAGUCGGGGGGGACUAUCAAGAUUUACGCCGACAGUCUGAAACCCAACAUCCCCUACAAGACCAUCCUGCUGUCCACCAGAGACACAGCGGACUCCGCCGUGGUUGCAGCUCUGGAGAAGUACGGGAUGGAGAAGGAGAACGCCAGGGAUUACUGCAUCGCCCGGCAAGAGGAAAAAACGGGCAAAGAGGUGAUCCUGGAUGAUUCGGAGUGUCCCCAGCAGAUCUUCAGAGACUGGCCUGCAGACAGAGGACUGCUGGUGUUUCAGCUGAAGAAGAGACCUCCGGACUACCAGGCCAGGAAAGGAAGGAAGGACGAGAAGGGCCUCAGAGGAAAGGACGGCUCAAUGCCGCCUGAAAAACUCCCUUAUUUGGUGGAGCUGAGUCCAGGCCGAGGGAAUCACUAUGCCUACUACGCCUAUCGGCACCAAGAAGACGGCUCCGACUCCAGAGACAAACCGAAGCUGUACCGGCUUCAGCACAGCAUCACAGAGGUCGGUUCGGACUGCACAGAAGACGGAGCCAUCCAGCUCCUCGGCCCGGGAAUCCUGCCCCACCACUGCAACCUGAUGCACAGCGAAGGCAUGGUGACCGUGACGCCGCACGGCCCCGACGCCGACACCUUUGUGGACGGGCAGCGGGUCACAGAGACCACGGUCCUGCGCUCUGGAUGCACCCUCCAGUUCGGCUCAGCGCACGUCUUUAAAUUUGUCGAUCCGAUGUUUGACCAGGGAGGGAAGAGGGAUCCAAACGCCGCCAUGAGGACCCGACACAAAUCUGGCAGCGUAACAGAGACCACCUUCGACCUCCGCGGAGACGUCCACAGUGGAGGGGGUCUUCCAACAAGCAAGGUGACCAACCUGCUAGCCUUUAUCCUCAAUGCUGCCCUGAAGGAAUCUAUGGAGAGAGGCAUGGUUAAACCCAUGAUCAGAGGAGAGCAGCAGGACAGCAGGUCCCAGGACCUUUCAGCAGACAGGACAGAGCUGACUCUUCCAGCCAGCAUCGACUUUAGAGAAAACUCUGAGGACACCUUCCUGUCAGCCAUCAUCAACUACACCAACAGCUCCACGGUCCACUUCAAGCUGUCACCCACUUACGUCCUGUACAUGGCCUGCCGUUACGUCCUGUCGCCCACCUACCGGCCCGACAUGUCCCCCUCUGAGAGAACGCAUAAAGUCAUCGCCAUCGUCAACAAGAUGGUGAGCAUGAUGGAAGGAGUCAUCCAGGAGAUUGCUGAAGGGGAUCAGAAACAGAAGAACAUUGCAGGAGCGCUGGCUUUCUGGAUGGCCAACGCCUCCGAGCUGCUGAACUUCAUCAAGCAGGACCGCGACCUGAGCCGCAUAACGCUGGAUGCUCAGGACAUCCUGGCACACCUGGUUCAGAUGGCCUUCAAGUACCUGGUCCACUGUCUGCAGGCUGAUCUCAAUAACUACAUGCCAGCCUUCCUGGAUGACCCUGAGGAGCAUAAUCCACAGAGGCCCAAGAUCGAGGACGUUCUGCACACGCUGACCGGCGCCAUGUCGUUGCUCCGGCGCUGCCGGGUCAACGCCGCCCUCACCAUCCAGCUCUUCUCGCAGCUCUUCCACUUCAUCAACAUGUGGCUGUUCAACAGACUGGUGACCGACGCCGACUCUGGGCUGUGCUGCCACUACUGGGGGGCCAUCCUGCGGCAGCAGCUGAGCCACAUCGAGGCGUGGGCCGAGAAGCAGGGGCUGGAGCUGGCUGCUGACUGCCACCUCAGCCGGAUUGUCCAGGCCACCACCCUUCUCACCAUGGAUAAAUACUCCCCGCAAGAUGUGCAGAUCAUCCACAACACCUGCUUCAAGCUAAACUCCCUGCAGCUCCACGCCCUCAUGACCAACUACCGCUGUGCCCAGGAUGAGCCGUACAUCCCGCCUGAUCUCAUAGACCAUGUGGUGGCAGUAGCAGAAAACACAGCAGAUGAGCUGGCGAGGAGUGAUGGCAGAGAAGUGCAGCUGGAGGAGGAUCCGGACCUUCAGCUGCCCUUCCUCCUCCCAGAGGACGGCUACUCCUGUGACGUGGUGCGCCACCUCCCCAACGGCCUGCAGGACUUCCUGGACCCGCUGCUGCAGAGAGGGUUCUGUAGGCUGACGCCGCAUCCUCGCUCUCCUGGUACCUGGACCGUCCACUUCGAAGGAGCCGACAAUGACAACCACUUCUCUGCCCCUGACAACAGCGAAAUGGAAAUGAGGAAGGAGCCGGAGGUUGUCACGGUAACCCUGAAGAAGCACAACGGCAUGGGCCUCAGCAUCGUAGCUGCCAAGGGUGCCGGUCAGGAGAAGCUCGGCAUCUACAUCAAGUCUGUGGUGAAAGGCGGAGCCGCUGAUAUGGAUGGCCGUUUGGCAGCAGGUGACCAACUGCUGAGCGUUGAUGGACGCAGUCUGGUCGGACUGUCGCAGGAGAGGGCUGCGGAGCUGAUGACGAGGACGGGCUCUGUUGUAACACUGGAGGUGGCCAAGCAGGGCGCCAUCUACCACGGCCUGGCCACACUACUCAACCAGCCCAGCCCAAUGAUGCAGAGAGCAGCAGACCGAGGCCGGGAUAAGAACGGGAAGAUGCGGCCAAAGAGUGAAGGCUUCGAGCUGUACAACAACACGGUGCAGAAUGGCGAUCCGGAGAGCCCGCAGCCCGGCUGGGACUCUUACGCAGAACCAAAGAAGAUGAGCGGAGAAGACCGGCUUUUGAAGAACCGGGCUGACCACCGCUCCAGCCCCAACGUAGCCAAUCAGGGCCAGAGUCCUGCAACCAAAUCGGUGUACCCUGGAGGACCGGGCACUAAGAUCACCUCCGUCUCCACCGGCAACCUGUGUGCAGACGAGGAGCCGUCCCCGCCCCGCCCAGAGGCCUACCCCAUCCCCACCCAGACCUACCCUAGAGAGUACUUCACCAUCCCGGCCUCUAAGAGCCAGGAUCGGGUGGUUGGUCCAGGACAGAUGCCCCCGCAGCACUGGCAGGGCAUGGAGGACAGAGAGCGCCUCCCUGUGGUCGACAACAUUCACAACAGCAUGCAGCGGAUUAAUCACUCCCAGGAAGAUCUGUACCCUCCAGCGGGAAUGAUGAGGCCAGAUGAGCGGAUGCAGCCGCUCUAUCCACAGGAAUACCAGCACCGGGAUUUGGACUACCAACACCGAGGUCCACCAGGAGGUGUGGGACCUCCACUGGACCACUGGACGCCUCAGCCGCAGGUUUCCUCUUCGUUGGAGUCAUCGACAUCCAGCCAGGAGCACCUCAACUUCUCAGCUUCUUCCACGUCUUCAAACAAAGGCCCAAACCAGAAGACCGGGCCGGGCCGAUGGAAGACGCCCAAUACGCCGCACGCUGUUCCGCCGCACUCUGUGGCACCGCCGUCCCGCUCCGACCUGCCACCUCCUCCUCCGCCCCCGCCUACCGUUUACCCAGACGCCUACGAACCCCAGAGCGAGCUGCCGCUGCCGCCCCCUCCCUCCACCAUCAGCCCGGUUAUGGCCCAGCAAGCUGCCGACCGUAAGAAAAGGGAGGAGCAGCAGCGUUGGUAUGAGAAGGAGAAAGCUCGGCUGGAGGAGGAGAGGGAGAGAAAGAGGAGGGAGCAGGAGAGAAAGCUGGGUCAGAUCCGGGCCAACCCCGUCAUGCCCGUCCAACCCCACAACAAUGGUGGAGCCAAGCCUCCUCCUCACCACCAGCCUCCCAUGGCCUCCAUGGCCCCGCCCCAGCCUUACCACCCCCCACAGCCUCAGCCUCCACCAUCCAGACCAGAGAAGCUGUCAAGCCUGCCGCGGUCGGCAGUGCCUCCACCCGCUUCUGGCGCCAACUCUUCCGCAAUGGAUACGGUGAUCAGGGAGCUGCUUCCGCAGCAGCAGCCACGGACCAUCGAGAGGAGAGACCUGCAGUACAUCACCAUCAGUAAGGAGGAGCUUUCCACCAGCGACAGCUUGUCUCCAGAUCCCUGGAAGAGAGAUGCCCGCGAAAAGGCAGAGAAACAGCAGCAGCUGCACAUCGUGGAUCUGUUGGACAAAGAGAUCCAGGAGCUGCAGGCGAAACCCGAGCGAACAGCAGAGGAAAGCGACCGCCUCAGAAAGCUGAUGCUGGAGUGGCAGUUCCAGAAGCGGUUGCAGGAAUCCAAACACAGCGACGAAGAUGAAGAGGAGGAGGACGAUGAGGACAUGGACGAGCUUAUCAUGCAGAGGCUGGAGGCUGAGAAGAGAGCCAGGCUGCAAGACGAGGAGCGGCGGCGUAAGCAGCAGCUGGAGGAGAUCCGGAAGAGGGAGGCCGAGGAGCGAGCGAAGCAGGAGGAAGAGAGGAGGUGGAGGGAGGAGGAGAGAGUCAAACGAGAGGCGGGGGAGAAGAGGAGACAGGAGGAGGAGUACUACAACCGUCUGGAGGCUGAGCGGCGGCGGCAGCACGAGGAAGCUGAGAGAAAGCUGCUGACGCCUGACGAGCCGGCCGGUCUGUAUCGGCCCCCGCUGCCUCGGGAUUACCAACCCCCCGCCCCCCACAACCCUACUAACAACCCCCCACCCCCACCACAGAGAAACACCUCCUACCUCAAAACACAGGUCAUCUCGCCAGACACGCUCUACACAGCCAAAUUCGUCCCCAAUGCGGGCGAUGACGAAGACGAGGACGAAGGGUUUAACUCGCACACUGGAAACUCGACAGGAGUUGUAGGAUCAGGAGAGGUGUUCAAGGACCCGAGGGAUAAAUGGGCGAAGAGUCAGGAACAGGAGAACUCGAUCCCCAGCGACGCUCCGGAGAGUCUGACCUUCAAGGAGCGCCAGCGCCUCUUCUCUCAGGGGAAGGAGGUUUCCAACAAGGUCAAAGCUUCCCGCAAACUGAUGGAGCUGGAGAACGAGCUCAACACCAAGCAGUAGGCCGAGCCCUCCGCCUCCCAGCGCCACCUUAAAACCCAGGGUUAAGGUGGUCCUGGGAAACGUCCACUCACCUUAUUAACACUGACGGCCUCCUCCUGGUUCUGUUUCUUUUUUAUUUUAUUUUGACACUCAGAUUUCCAGAGCGAUUAAUUUUUUUCUGUUGUUCUGUUGGAACGGAUUCCCUCCGCUUGUCCCAGUCUGUUAAAUAAUGAUGAAGCACUGUAAAAAAGUUAAUUCUAUCUAAUUAGAGAGGUGCAGCAGAGGGGGAUAUAUUUUUGUUUGUAAAAUGGUUCUUUGGGGGAGGGGCUUAGAAAGACUUACUCUUGUUUAAUUUUUUUUAAAUAGCUUUCUCAAAUAUGAACAAUUUUAUGAUAUUUUAAGCUUUUUUUUCUCAGCAUCAUGAUUUCACUUUCAGUUUCUUCUUGCCAGCAGAGAGAAAAAAAACUUAUUUUAUUGUUAAUUUUAUCCUUUUUUUAAAAUUUUAUUUUAAAGAUUAAAUUCUCGAUGAGAGAAAACACUGUUAUUUCAUUCCGUAGUGAAAAGGAGCGGGAUUUCUUUUAUUUCUGAGGUCUUCGAUGAUCCAGAGGAGGAUGAGGAAGGCUUUUCUGUAAGUGCACAACUGAACUGUAAAUACUCCGGUCCACAACUGUCUCUUUUUACUAAUGUAGAAACCUUCCAGGAAACUAAAGAAAACCGGAAAACUUCCGUGAUUUAACGUUUAUUUUCAUGGAACCCAACAGAUCACUACUUUUCAUUUUAAGUGUCUCCCAAACCAACCGAUGUUAAGUUUUAGGUUCUUUUAAAGAUAGUUUUUUGCAGUUGUGUGAAAUUAUUUUUGACUGAUUGUUUCCCUAAAUUCAAAGGAGAAAAACAAAAGUUUUCAUUCAAAAUGUGAUUCAAUGUUGGUUUUCACAAUAUCAAUAAAGGACGAAGCGCUUGUCUUUAAAUGCUUGUUUGCUUUACAGGUAUUUAUUUCAAACCUGGUUGGAAAACGGAGAAUAAUCCGGCAGAUAUUGUGGUCUUUGUGGAUUAUAUUAGGGACCUCUUAACUGUGGUAAUCUCCUUUCACAGAAACCAGACGGUUUCACAAAGCGAACAGUUUUCCAAAGUCUCGACUCUUUCCAGCCGCGGUUUAAUCUGAGCGACUCCAUCCGGUGUUUAAACCGAUCGUUUUCUUUCUUUGUGAUUUGAACCGACUGGAGACUUGAUUCUACGUGACGAUUGAAAUGCUGAUGGGAGCCGACCAGUAGAAUCACUACGAGCAUUUCCUCCUCCACUUCUCCUUCUAGGAUUAAAAUGAACUGAGUCAUUUAAAUGGUUUCAUGCCUAGCCUUUUGUAAAUCAUUAAUAAAUAUCGAUUUUUCAACAA